AUGCCAAGAUUCACCACUGAAGGCAUGGCUUCUCGCCGACAUGUUCACCUCCCUACAGAGGUCUUAGUCCACAUCGCCAACUUCAUUUAUGUUGAGUGGUCUGAGGAUGUCUCGCCUAAUUUUCAAGCCACCCUUUACCGCUUUUGUUUGGUCUCUCGCCAGUGGUAUUCCGCUGGCAUUGAGUUUCUCUACUCCCGACCUCAACUCGACCAAGGGAAUAGCUUCAGCCUCUUUACCAAUACUGUGUGUCCGUCAGUCCGGUCCCGAGAACGGAAAGUGGAUUUAGGAUCAUUUGUUCAAAUCUUGAACCUCGGGUUAUUGGUACACCACAGCUCCAAUAGUCUAACGGCACGACUAUUAGGUCGAGUGAAGAAAAAUCUGAAAACAUUUGUUGCUCCAAGGGUCUCUUUUGCAAUCAACAGCCUUGCACCGUUAUCUAAAUGCAAGGAGAUCUCCUAUCUCUGCCUUAACCUAGUAGUUGAGCCUAUUGCGCUUUCCGCUCUUAAAAAAGCCAUCAGCGGUCUCAAUAAACUUGAAUCACUUGAGCUUCCAUCCUCGAUGUUCAUCACGGAUGACGGUUCCGGUGAAGAUUGGCCACCCAAUCUGAAAUACCUCCAGGUUGGUGGGAGGUUUGAUGCCGAGGCGAUGCCUUCUUUCAGAUGGCCCCCAAACCUGGCCAGCCUGACGUUAUGUGGCAGUGAGAACCUGAAUGCCUUUGUAUUGGAGAAUAUUCUUAUCAACGAGCAGCUCUGCACUACGCUGACAUCAUUGACCAUCCACCGUUCGAAUCGCGAGAUGUUCGCGGAACGGUCAUCUGGCAUUCUAGGGGCACUUUUCGCCUUGAAGUCUCUUCGAAUACCUAUUGAUUUGCUCUACGGGUUGCUCAUUCUUCCCGCGUUUGAUCCCAGGGGAUCCCCGACACCGAUUCGUGAGCUGGAGCUCACAGCACCCUAUGACAAGGAUUUCACUACAGUGAUCCUUGCUGAUGAUCUUUGCAAGGCCCUAAAAAUGAACCUUUCUCGAGUGUGCGGUCUUGGUAUCAGCCCUGGGUGCCUGGAGAUAAUACCCGAAUCAUCGCAUGCCAAAAUCGACAAGUGGGUGUGGAAGAAUAUCGAUCAAUGCCCUGAGGAUGAACUCGAUUCCGUGUUUGACCUGGGUCUCUAUGUGAUUGACUCAGAGCCAUCUUGUUGA